AUUAUAAAUUUGUUCCGAGCACUCAUUUCUAAACACCUAAACUCAUUGACAUAUAUAAAAUAUAAGAUUUAUGAUAUUAUAGUUUUUCAAACCAUAUUUGGCUAUACAGUAUACACAACCAUUAUGGCAGUAAAGCAAGUUAGAAACACCGACUUACUGCCGGAUAUGACCAACGAAGGUGAAUUCACCAAAAAUAUUGUGAUGGCAACAGACGAUAAGCAUUCAGCAUCUACCGGGGAACGACUUUUUUCUCACCAUACUUUAGCAAGCAUUAGAAAAAUGAGUUUCUUCAAACAAUUCAGUGUGCCACAAGAUAGCUUAGACUUUAUGUUGGAAGCGACUUAUAACCAUACUACAGAGUUUUUUCCUGAUAAAGUAGAUCUAUAUUUACAACCAGAAACACAUGGCUGCAUAACGAGGCGGCAGCUGCGUAACGUGAACAUCGACCGCCCAGCCACUGCUGGUGCUAACUUUAUGCCUAUGAUGAAAUCCUCGCAAUCACAAACGAAACAAAUGGGCCACCGUAAGGGUAACCAAAAACAGUUACACGGUGGCGGCGCGAUGAAGUUCAGAUCUAUGCCAGAUUUUCCAGAAUAUUUGGGUCAUCCUGUAAAGAGAGGUGGCAUCAUAGAGCGACGAUCACCAUUCAGUGUUAAGCUGAUGAACUCUGGGGUGCAUUCUUCUCAGACAAAUCCUGGAUACAGCCGGCAACCCGCUGGCGGUGGCAUCUUCUUCUAUUAAAAGAAUUUUAAAUAACGAAAUUAAAAAUACUCAGUCUAA